CGUAUAUUUUAUGUUUAUUUCUUAUUUCUCCGAACCAAAUCAUUUAAAGCUGCUCGGUGUCUCUGUGCCAAAUCGCUCCCGAACUGCGUCCCCGUCUCGGUGCUCCCAUGCAUGAGGAAAGAUGUAGGUUUUCGUAUAGUUACUAUGUAUCCAACGUGUAAAGCAAAACACAUGGUUGUCCUAUCUUGUCCGUCCUACUCGACAGCCUAUGCCAGCUGGGGGGGAAGGGGGGCUUGUUUUCAUGGCUUGUUUUUACGUAGUUAAUGCUAGAGCACACCUACCUACACGCAUAUAUAUAUACACAUUCCUUUUUAUCCCUAGAUUCAAGGUUUGAUGAACUUUGUGUUGUCUUGGACCAAUUAAAGAUACAGGGUGGACUAUUUACUUGGAUUCUCCCAGCUUUGCUUUCGUCCUUUCUCAUAUUCAUCCCUUCUUUUCUCCAUACAUAUCCUUGAACCUAUCCUGUAUCUAUCUUCUCGGAACUUCAUGGCCGAACCGUCGCGGAAGACAUCAGAUGUAGGUGGCCCUUCAGUGGUAGCCAUGCCUGCCGAUGUAGAGAAGACGGCCGAUGCCAAGCCGGAGCGGCCUGAACUUGUUGACGAAGCUGAGGAGAAUUUCCAACCAAAGACUUUCAAGUUCUGGUCUGUUAUGGCCAGUAUAUAUAUCACUCUGUUCUUAGUUGCUCUUGAUCGGACCAUUAUCGGUACAGCGAUCCCCCGGAUAACACAAGACUUCAAUAGUCUGGGGGAUAUCGGUUGGUAUGGCUCAGCGUAUCAAUUAACAACCGCAGCGUCUCAACUGGUAUUCGGUAGAGUAUACAGGUUUUACGAUAUAAAAACGGUCUUCUUAUUUGUCGUCGCGGUCUUCGAGAUCGGUUCCGUCAUUUGCGGCGUGGCUCCAAGUUCGAUCGUAUUUAUUGUUGGCCGCGCCAUCGCCGGCUUUGGCGCCGCAGGUAUAUUCACCGGCGUGUCCGUCCUCAUGCUUCCGCUAGUACCUCUCCGAAAGCGACCGAUGUUUCAAGGAAUCUUCGGGACUAUCUUCGGAAUCAGCUCGGUCAUGGGUCCUCUCAUAGGCGGUGCUUUCACUGAUCGCGUUACUUGGAGAUGGUGUUUCUAUAUCAAUCUUCCCGUCGGUGGUGUUGCGGUAUUAUGUCUUCUGGCUGUGAAACUUCCGACGAGACCAUCAGAGCCAGCAAAAUUAUGGAAACAUUUCACUCGAUUAGAUCCUCUAGGGACGUUCUUCUUUGUCCCGAGCAUCGUCUGUCUCUUGCUCGCACUCCAAUGGGGCGGGUCUACGUAUGAAUGGAAUAGUUGGCGCAUCAUCCUUCUUCUAGGUCUUUGUGGCGUCCUACUUCUUGCCUUCAUGGCAGUUCAGGUGUUGAUGCCAAAUACUGCGACCAUCCCCGUUAGAGUCAUUGGCCAACGUAGCGUUGCUUCUGCGGCUCUUUUUAUGUUCUGCGUCGCUGCAUCGAUGAUGAUGAGUGUUUACUACCUGCCGUUGUGGUUCCAAACCGUACAAGGGGUGAGUGCCGUGCAGUCCGGUAUUGACACAAUAGCCCUCGUCCUAAGUCUCGUCGUGGCCAGUAUCCUAUCUGGUAUCUUCACCCAGAAAGUCGGAUACUAUGUUCCCUCGAUGUUAGUCUGUCCUACGAUUAUGGCUGUAGGGCAGGGCUUAAUGAGCACCUUCAGAGUCAACGAAGAUUCUGGUCACUGGAUUGGAUACCAGGCCAUCGUCGGUUUCGGGCUGGGCUUGGGAAUGCAAACGGCUGGCCUCUCCGCGCAGGCAGUGCUUCCCAAACCCGAUAUUCCAACAGGUAUCGCUCUCAUGUUCUUCUGCCAGCAAUUAGGCGGAGCCAUCUUCGUCUCUGUUGGCCAGAACCUUUUGAGCAGUUACAUUGUUGGACAUGCGACUGAUAUCCCCGGCCUUGAUCCUAAGGAAAUUACCAACCAAGGCGCCACAGAUCUUGUCAACAAGGUCCCGCCCGAGUAUAAACGUCGAGUAAAAGAACUUUACAACGGGGCCAUCUCAAGGAUAUUCCUAUGCGGUAUGGGUGUGGCACUUGUUGCCUUGCUAGCGGCUGUUUUCAUGGAAUGGAAAAAUAUCAAGAAGACUGGGCCGGGGGGUCCACCAGGAGCGAGGCCCUCUGAAUCGAACGAGAACGACUCGACUUCUGCAGGGGAGGAACAGCGAAAAUCCACUUCGCAGGAUGCACCAGCAAACGAGUCGCGACAUUCGAUUCAAUCAGACGAGGACAAGCGAAAAUCCACUUCACAGGAUGUACCAGAAGCAAGGUCCUCUAAAUCGAAAGAGAACGACUCGACUUCUGUAGGGGAGGAACAGCGAAAGUCCACUUCACAGGAUGCACCAGCAAACGAGCUGCGGCUUUCGAUUCAAUUAGACGGGGACGAGAAAAAGCCCGGCGAUUCAGAUGAUCAAUCCCAGGCAUCAUCCAGUUCCAAAUCUAUUCCCGAGGAGCAACUUAACAGUGUGGAAGGUUCAAUAUCUCUUGAGAAAGAAAUAGACAGAGCGUUGAAGACGAAACUGUUGUAAUGAUGAGCCUAGACCUCUCUAAUAAAUGCUAAUAUAUUGGUUGUGCUAUAGAUAAAUUUGUCGGGCUAAAAUUGGAUGGGAAUAGAUGGACGGAUGGACACUAAACUGGGAAGUAUAUAUCGCCAUAGUAUUGUUAGAAUUACCUGAUAAUUGCCUUAGACAGUAAUAAAACUUAAGGAAGACCUAAUCAAGUUAAAAUAUGUAGAGA